AUGGAGAAGAACUCAGCGUCCGACAUCGACUGGUAUUUCCCGGCCGGUGGCCACGAACGCGACAACAACACAACGCACGGUCGAGGCGACGAAGCCGACGAUCGAUCAGAACCAACAAGAAAACCGAUCGAUAUCAACGGGAAGGUGGGAACGGGCUAUGGCGGCGGCAGUGCUGGGACACGCGGCGAGGAGGCUGGGCGGCGGCGUGCUGCGGCAGGAGUCGGCCGCGUGUCGCGUCUCGUCUCGUCGGCCGUGGAACGGCGGCUCGCCCACACGGAGGUCCAGCAUCCUUGCACCUGCGGGAAAUUCGACAAGCACGCCGUCCUGAACGGGAUCCAGAAGCAGAAGGAGAAUCUGUACGACGCCAUGACCGCGGCGAGCAAGAAGUACGGGAAGGAUACGGACCGCGCCAUCCUGCAGAACAACUCGUUGCUCCGCGACCUCUCGAAGCAAGUCAAGCCUCGCUCCAGCGACCCCACAUGGGAACGGGCUGUCAAAGAAAAAACGAAUCACGACGGGCUAAAACUGACUGGUGCUCUUUCGCUGCUCACCGGCGGGAUUUAUCUACAGGGGUUUGUUGCCGACAGCAUCCUUCAAGGUUUUGACCUCAACAAGCCAGCGCAAACAGAAGGUUAUGAUGGUGCUGAUCAAGAUGGGAAUGAUGCAGCAAAAUUUGUUCCUGGACCAAAUAGUACAGCAAGUGCAGGUGCUUCCAAUGUUGCUGAAGAAGAUGGUGAAGAAAUUUGUUCACAGCCUGUGGUUCCAUUUGUUGGGAUGAUGUUCGAUGACCUUGAAGUAGCAAAACAAGUAUACAAUGACUAUGCGUGGAAGCUUGGUUUCGGCACACGCAUUGGAAACACCAAGUAUAGCACAGCACGAGGAGUGCCAAAGGACACAAUACUGAGCAGAGUGUUUGAGUGUGUGCAUACUGGUAAACCAGCAGCUGAAUGUAAGAAUGCUGCUGCGAGAAGCAAAGAAGCUGCUGCAAAAGUAAAAGAAGCUUCUGUUGAUAUGAGCAACAUUGGUGAGCAAAAGUCAAGAAGCAAACAAGCUGGUUCUGAGAUGGACGUGAACGAAUCAAAGCAGCGUAAUAUUUUGCUUCGAUGUGACUGUAAAGCACAUAUGGUUGUUGGGAAGCGGAAUGGCCAUUGGUCUGUCACUGUUUUUAAAGAAGAUCACACCCACCCAAUGGUGAAGCUAGCAGGGAGGCGACGCUACUACAGAUCACAUAGGAAAGUCCCAGAAGAAGAUUUCCAAUUCCUACAGACGCUACAUAAUCAAAACAUUACAACCGCUCAGAUAAUGGGUUGUCUAGGAAGUGUGCAUGGUGGCGACCCAAGGACGCUAGGCUACGUGAAGAGAGAUGUGUCUAACAUAAGGACAAUGCUGCGAGAGGAAGUAUCACAGCGUGAUAUGAGCAUGGUGAUUGAGUACUUUGAACGCAGGAAAGCAGAAAGUCCAAAUUUCUUUUAUGACACACAAGUUGAUUCAAACAAUGCUGUCAGAGGAUUAUUCUGGGUGGAUGGAAGGACCAGAGCACUAUACCCCAAGUACAAGGACUGUGUUUUCUUCGACACAACCUUUUGCACCAACAAGUAUAAUCUUCCUUUUGCUCCAAUCGUGGGAAUAAAUAACCACACACAUACGAUUGUUCUAGGUUGUGCUUUGCUACCGGAUGAAACAACAGAAACAUUUAAGUGGGUAUUUGAAAGGUGGAUGCUCGCAAUGAAUCAGAUGCACCCAGAUCAUAUAAUGACAGACCAGGACCAGGCUAUGGCUACUGCAAUUGACAAGGUAUUUCCAAAUUCAGUACACAGAUGCUGCUGCUACCAUGUGCUGCACCUAGCAAGGAAAAAGCUUGGUCCAAAUUUGGGAGAAGGCCAUCCAUUUGCAGAUGCAUUUUACUCAUGCAUAUAUGGAACUGAUACUAUUGAGGAGUUUGAAUUCUGCUGGCAGCAUAUGCUGCGAAGCUUCGACAUGGCAGAGAACAACCACCUCAAUAAUAUGUGGAAGAGCAGAAAGACAUGGGCACCAGUUUACUUCAGGAAAAGUUUUUUCCCAUUCACAAGCACAACUGGAAGAUCGGAAGGCCUUAACUCAUACUUCAAGACAUUGGUUCGCCCUAGUGACUCCGUGUGGAAUUUCGUGCAGCAGUAUGAGUUGUGCCAGAAUUUGAUGUUGGAUCGUGAAGACAAUGCGGGCUUCACAAUGGAGACGACGACAGCAAAGCUUUGGGGCAGUUACAGCAUUGAAGAACAGGCAUUGAAAUUUUACACAAGGGAAGUCUUCGACAGGUUCCAAAAAAUGGUUCAGAGUUCAACAAGAUUUUACCCUAUCCAUGUAGAGGCAGAAGGCUUAUGUUUUGAUCUUGUUCCAAAUCAAGACCUUGAUGUGAAAACUUAUCGGGUUGCAGUUAACCCUGAAGAAGGAUUGUACACAUGUGGAUGCAACAUGUUUGAGAUGUGUGGUUUAAUAUGCCCACAUAUCAUUAGGGUGAUGGUGCACCUCAAUGUGCAGCAAAUACCAGGAAGAUAUAUGCUUGAAAGGUGGUCUGCAGCAGCAACAACACAUGCCCCUGAACCUGGGACAAAUACAAUCAGAUUUGGUGUCCCAACAAGUAACACACUCAAGUACAACUCACUGUGCAGAAAGAUGAACUAG